ACAAGAUGGUGGUGCCGGUCUUCGGGUAUGGAUCCCUGAUCUGGAACCCCGGCUUCGAUUUCAACGAGAAGAUCCUGAGAUUCAUCAAGGGCUACAAGCGAACGUUUAAUCUCGCUUGCAUUGACCAUAGAGGCGCACCACAGAAUCCAUCCAGGACCUGCACCCCUGAAUCAGAAGAUGAAGAAAUAUGCGUAUUCAACGUGAGGAAUUUCAUACUUUUGGUGUGGUGCUAGCAAAUAUAGUGACCAAAGAUAGUGAUGAGAAAGGGUGGAGCUGAGUAUGCCACACAUGGAUAUGAUUAUUCCCCGUAUGUUCUUUUCGGCAAUCCACUUCAUCACUGACUCAUCUGUGUAUGGGUGAGCUAACAAGCAUGUAUUAUG